AUCGAAAAACUGAUGUCAACAACAUAUCCGUAAUAUAAAACAAUAACAAUAGACUAAGUACAAGCGAUUUAUUAUACUAUUAAACCAAAUAAUAACGAUGUCUUGGUUUAAUCUGUGGGAUGGACUUAAAACAAAGACUUGUAGAUACCUCUUACAAAGGUAUUUAGGUCAGUUUUUUGAAAAUAACCUUAACUUGGAACAGUUAAAAGUUGAUCUAUAUAAUGGAAAAGCUGUUGUGGAAAAUAUUUCGUUAAAAGUUAAGGCUUUUAAUGACUUGUUUGAAGAGCAAGGCUGGGCUUUUGAAGUGAUUUCCGGGCAUAUUGGAUGUUUAACAGCAAUGGUACCGUGGAAUGCUCUUAUGACAAACGAUAGCUCCCUUAAUAUUUCAAACCUGACCAUAACUUUGAGACCAGUCACGCGUUGUCAAAGUGGAACAACUAUGUUAGAAUCUAUGUGGUCUUCCGUUAGUAGUUCAAUGCAAAUGGCGGAAGAAUGCAUGAAGCAAAUUGAUGAUGACGUACCAUUUUUAAACCACAACAAUACCUUGAUUGGCUUAGAAAAAUUUGCGGAGACCAUUGAUAACGUUCUAAAUCGUAUACAUGCAAACUUAACUAAUACAACGAUUAACAUUGAAUGUAAUUUGCCUAAGUCUGCCAGACAACUUAUUUUAUCAUUUAAAGCAAAUCAUAUCGAAUAUAAAAAUCAAACUGGAUAUGGAACUUAUGCUUCUUCAAAUGAAGAAUCAAGAGGCAAUAACCAUAGCACCAAUCAAGGUUCUAAUUUCACAUCAUUACCGAUGAUUGCUAAACAUAAUUUAGUUACCGAUGAAUUAACGAUUUAUACUUCAGAAAUAUUUGACAGGAAAAGUAAUAAAGCAGGGAUGGUGUCUGUUGGGCAACUUUGCAAAAUUGUGGAAUUUAAGGGAUGUCAAAAUUUUAAGAUAAGCGUGAAACAAACUGAAAACGUAUCUGGUCCAAAAAUUAACCUAGAAGUUCUAAUGGGCGACAUUUAUUUUAUGUUAACCCCUCGCCAAACACAUCUGUUAAUGCGUAUUUUCAAAGGAUUUGAUAAAGUGCGCCCAAAAGAAAGAAUAAAACAAAAAUAUUCUGAUUUGACAACUGAAAUUAAAAAUGCACCAUUCAACACAAAAAUGACUGGCAUUGUGGAGAAAGACAAGAAUUGGUGUACUGAAGCAGAUGUUUAUAGGAACCCUCAACAUAUGUAUCAUGAUAAAAUGUCAAAAAAAAGCGAAACAGUUAUGUCCUCGACAUCUACAAACAGCAUAACUACGUCGUGUAGCAAUGCUCAGAUAAAACAGGAAUCCGAUGAAAAAUGUGGGGAGAUUUUAAAGUUUAAGUUGCAAAUAUUUAAAAUUGUGUGGGUUAUCCUACAUAAUGAUAUUCUGUUCGAAAAUAAUACAAAUGAUAUUCAGCCAAAUUGCACAUACAAUAAUGAAAGUUUCUCGAACUAUUUGGAAAUUGCCAAUAUUUUUUUUCAAGCAACAAACAAGGAAAACGUUGUGGAGGAAUGUUAUAUUCCAAUACCCAAUAAUAACUAUCUGUUGUUGAGAGUUUCAUCAUUAUUAGUCAACGGAAAUCAGCAAAGAUUUUGUAAUGAAUUGUCUCUUAAGACAACAUUAUCAGCAACAACGUUGGACUUCAGUGAAGUCUUUGACAACGCCAACAAUCACUUAAUUUUGUUCGACCGGAAAAAAAAUUGCAGUGAUGGAUAUCACACUCGACCCGAAGUUAUUCUCUCUCAUAUAUCGUCGUAUCUUUUUAAACAAAACCACAACAAAAGUAGCAAUAAAAUUGAAUGCACUUUAGACGACUGCACUACAGAGCUUGAUAUUACAAUUUAUGAUAGAUUAAAGGCUUUAUUUAAUGUAUCUCCAUUUGUGGAAGAUGAUAAUGCGGAUGAGAAAAUAAUGGAAAAUGACAAUCUUUUGGAUAUGCAAAUUAAAUGCAAAUCAUUUAAACUAAAUUUAAGGUUUCCAAUAGUUGAUGGAGGCCUGCUUGACAACCGCAAAAAGAUCCCCUUUUUGAAAAAAAAUAUAAGAAGGGACUAUCUCUUAUUUGAUUUCCGAGAUAUACUAAUUCAGUGUAAAUCAUAUAUUUGUGUAAUUGUGGACAAAAUCGAUGGAUAUUAUUGUGAUGAUGUUAACGAAAAAGACAUUAAAGUUUUGCAAUGUUCGUACCAAAACGAAUUGGAUUGCUUAACUGAGAACGACAAGAUUUGUUUUAAAAUAUAUAACUUUGUCAAGGAUGAGAUAAGAAUGACUUCCCAAAAGCGCACAAAAGAGAAGUUGAAAUCACCGUUUAGUUCUAAAUGUUCAUAUGGCUAUUCAUCUCAUAUUGAAGGAUUUCACGAUAAAACGGAUAAAAGCGAUUUCUUUUUGCCCGGAGAUACUGAUGAAAUAAACGAGUUCUGUAAAAACUGCAAAGAUUCAUCUAAUAUGAAAAUUUCGGCAUUGGUUCCAAACGUUAAAAUUGUUAUAGAAUCUAAAAAACUUUAUGAAAUCAUUUAUAACCGUCUAAAUGGUGACCUUUUGAUGUGGGAACCACAAUCUGCUACAAUAAAUGAUGAUAACAACGUGUGCUCCUUUGAAUUAUGUGUUAAGGAAGGAACAUGCAUAAUUUAUACAAAUGUUCAAGAAUUAGAAAAGACAGAUCAACUAUCUCUACGUGGAAAAUUGCAAUGGAAUUUAAAAGACUUCCGAGCAUUUACGGUGACUGCACUAAAUAACGACAAGAAUUCGGGAUAUUUUUGUGUUCAAUUAAAAGAUAUUGAUGUAUAUCACUGUGGACAAACCGCCGAAGAUUUAGCAAUUGCAUGGAGUGAUGUUAUUGAUACAAAUUUAAUACGGAUAAUAUGCAAUAUUCCCAAGGAAAAAAGGGUGACAAAUAGUCGUGCUGAAAUUAUAUCGGUUGUUGCUGAAUUGAAAAAGCAGCCAGAUAAACGUUUAAAGAGAAUAAAGCUAGCGUUUGGAAUAAAUGGAGUCAAUGUAUUGCAUAAACCAGUACUCUCAAUACAUAAUUGGAUUUAUCAACUACUGGAUUUUUUAAAUAUAACAGACUAUCCUAUUGAAGCAUAUGAGCCAUACGCGCUUGUGUCGGAAAUUCAGGGCCAUAUAUGGAAUUUGGCAUUAGAAUAUACGCCAAAAUACUUAUCCUAUCGGGCAUUACUUAACAUUGGGUAUUGUUCCUUUAGUAGCAACAUAAUAUAUCCUAUGACCGGAUGUACUUUACGACUGAUAAGCGAAGAUUGUGUUCUGGCAAUUGGCCAAACAGCCAAGGCUGCCAACAACGUUGGGGAGUUUAUGACUCAAACUAGCGAAACUGGCUUAGUACCCGUUUUGAAUGUUGGAUUACUUAAUUUUUCUAUACAUCUUAAUGAAAAGAGUAAAUCACACGCUAAGAUAGACCUGAGAUCUUCAAUUCAUGAUAUGCAUUUAAAAACAUGUUUUGAUUCAGCGGAUGCAUUAGCACAACUAAUUGCAUAUAUUGCUAAUGAUAAAGAUUUAAAGUCAAAAGAUAAUUACUUUGGCGACUUUAAAAAAGCUGAUAACACACCAGUAAGAAAUUUCGAACAUAAUAAUGACGAAACACUGAAUCAUAUUAAUAAUCUUAUGGCCGACGCAGUAAAAGAUGUCAGCACGCACAGAAACAUUGAAACUAAUGAAAGAGAAAAAAAAAGUUUUGAUAUCAGUAAUAUUUUGGAUUUUGAAUCGAACGAAUUUGUUGAAUCAAAUUUAAAUUUCGACAUAAGUGAAAAUUCUCUUUCACAAGUCCAAGUGGAACUUGGAGCAACAUCAUCACUUAAUGCACCCAUAGCAGAGGAAAAGGAGUAUCACGUAAUACAUGACGAAGACCUUUUUUUUAUGGAUAAUUUUGGUAUCGAGGAGAUAUACGUCUCCGAAGACCCACUUCAAAUAGUUGACAAUCACUUCAGCUUACCCAGUGAAAAAAUUGAUCUCCUACGACCUCAUUCCUCUUUCCCAGUACCCGAGGAAAGCUAUACAUUAUGUGAAAUGACAUUUACUUGGCAUCUGUUUGGAGGAAAAGAUUUUCCAGAUUUUAUUACUACCCGAAAGUCAACAGAUAAUAAGAGUUUUACAGACAUUGGAAUGUCGGAAACUUAUAAGCACGGCGUGUCUCAAGCACUUAGCAGAGGCCAGGCAAAAAAUAUGAAAAUAAUAAAUGACGAAUUAAAGACAUCUCGCAAUUCAGAUGUACUUGUAGAAAUUCAAUUUUCGAAAAUACGUUUCUCCUACGAUGUUUACGCUAAACACUCAAUAUACUCAUCCCGACAGGUAUUGGUUAUAUCGGAUAUAGAGAUACGGGACCGUUUACUUUCAUCAGAUAUUAAUAAGCUUCUUUACCACGCUAAUAAAAACAAUAUACCACCAAGGAACGAUUUAAACAUGGUAACGGUGAAAUCACUAAACGUUCGAUCAAAUGUUAAAAAAAACCGAGCAGAGGAAUGUUCAUUAAAAGUAUCGAUUUUACCUAUCAGACUAAAUAUUGAUCAAGACACUUUAUUGUUCUUGGAAGAAUUUUUUUCUGCUUUAGUUAAGAGAUCUACGAAUGAAGACACGGAAAGUAGAAGUAAUUUAGAGCUCAUAAAACAUGAAAGAUUACCUAUGAUGACUAUAAAUGAAAUGUCAAUUGGCUUGCAUGAUUUCAAAUGGAAUGAAGGAAAAGAUUUCUAUGAUUCCACUGGAAUAAUGGCUUCAGAAUGUGCACAACAUGCUGAAGAUUCUUUUGAAAAUGAAGCUAUUUACUUUAAGGAGUUUAUAUUCAGUCCUGCACUACCGAUAUGUUUUGACUAUCAUGGUCGAAGAGUUGAAUUAUCCCGGGGUCCAAUAACUGGCUUAGUAAUGGGGCUCGCUCAGCUACAGGGAUCUGGAAUAUGUCUACGUGAAGUUAUUAAUCGACGAGGUAUUCUUGGCUGGAAUAAAUUAUUUGAGUUUGUAAGUAAGGAAUGGCUAAAAGACAUAAAGAGAAACCAACUGCCAAAUAUAUUAAGUGGAAUCGGACCAACUAAUGCUGUUAUACAAUUGUUUCAAGGUUUCUUUGACUUGUUUAGACUUCCCUUGCAACAAUAUAAUAAGGAUGGAAGAAUUAUUCGUGGUUUUCAAAUGGGCGCACAAAGUUUUAGUGCUCGCACUGCGUUCGCAGCACUUGAGAUAACUUCUAGGAUAAUUCAUUUACUACAGCUUACGGCAGAAACUACAUUUGACAUGUUGUCUGCUGGACCAUCAUUAAGCAAGAGUCGGAAAUCCAAGCAAGAUAGAAAACGACAAGGCCAGCCAAAGGAUUUACGUGAAGGUGUUGUCAAUGCGAUUACAAUCGUAAAAGAGGGAAUAAAUGAAUCGGCGAACACACUUUUGGACGCAGCAAUUGUGGAGCAUGACCAAAAAGGGUAUAGUGCUGCAGUUGGGGCAGUUGUCAGGCAAAUACCUCAGUUAGUUGUGUGCCCGGCUGUUUUGGCAACUCAAGCAACUACAAACAUUUUAGGAGGAGCUAAAAGUUCUCUUGUCCCGGAAGCGAAACGUGAAGCUACAGACAAGUGGAAGCAUGCAAAAAAAUAAAUUAUAAUAAAAAGGGGUUUCCAUUAA